GCGGAGGAGCCACUCCGAGCCGUGGCAAUGGCGCUCAGGCAGAUGCUGGCCGUCGCCGUGGUGGCCGGCUGCGCGGUGGCCUUCUCCGGCGCGACGGACCACAUCGUCGGCGACCGCACCUUCUGCAACCCCAAUAUCAACCACACCCUCUGGUCCGGCAACCACACCUUCUUCGUCGGCGACCUCAUCUCGCUCCGGCACCAGAAGGGGACGCACAACGUGUUCGAGGUGAACGAGACAGGGUACAACAGCUGCACCAUGGAUGGGGUCGCCGGCAACUGGACCUCCGGCAAGGACUUGAUCCCGCUCAAGGAGCCCCGCCGCUACUUCUUCAUAUGCGGCGGCAACGGCCUCUGCCAGGCCGGCAUGAAGGUCGUCAUCACCGUCUACCCGACCCCCGGCAACGCCACCAGGUCCAGAAACGUCACCGAGUUCCACCACGGCCCAGAGUUUCUUCCAGACUGCUCUCCUGACUGCGGCACCGCUGCAUCCUCAAUCACCACUAGGCUGAUGGUCGCAGCGCUUGCAGUUGCCAUUGCUGCUGUCGCCUAGCUUAUUCCUAGGAGCUUACUGCUGUGCAUAAUUCCUAGUAGGAGAUUACUUAUGUCGCUUAAUUCGUAGUACAGGUUACCGCAGUUGCUUAAUUCGUAGGAGUUUGAUUGAAUGUAAAUCAACUGAGACAGUGCCUUUGAUGUAAGCACCAGUUGAAUUUCGAGCACAAUGUACCACUGGCAGAUAGUCUGCUACACUAUUCA